AUGACAGAAACCAGAGGCUUUCCUUUAUUUUCUUUGCCAUACGUUGCUCUGAAAGAUGUUGUUCUUUCCUGUAAUAUUUUUAGCCGAAUGAAUCUCUCAAUUUGUUCGAAACGAUCCAAAAUGAUAUCUAGUGCAUUCACAAUGCCGGAGCUCGAGAUAUCAUUAAUGCUCUGUGAGGAUUCAAAAAAUAUUAUAACGGUGAAACAAUUUGAUCAACGAGUCAACGUUCCCUGGUUCUGCCCUAUUCCUCGACGGGGAACACUUCAUAAGUUGAAUGUGAUUCCAACUGAUAUCAAAGAAGAUUUUGGGAAAGUAAACGAAACGUCGGAACUCGAUUGGGAGUUCUAUCACGAUUCAUCUGAGAACUUAUCUGCUGUUCUAUGCAACAGACUCCUGGAAUGCUACGGUUGGAGUUCAUGGAAAGGAGUUAUAUUCCAAAAAGAUAUCGAGCAAUCUGACUUCGACAAACUUCCCGUUUUGUUAACUAAUGCUGGAACGAUUUCAUUCGACAAAGAACAAGUGACCAAGGAGGAAUUAGAUACACUCUUCAUGGAACAUGGCAAUAUUCAAUUGUUUUCUAUUGAUUGCCGAUAUCCAGAAAGAUACGAUAAUUAUGGGAUGUGGUGUGCUAGAACUGUGGCAUUUUUACAUGCUCCACCAAACAUAGAAGAUCUUUUGAAAAUGGAUUGCGAAAAAUUAGUCAGUGUGCAUUCGUUCUACAAAACUUCCGAUGUGAAUCGAUUUCUGAAACACUGGCUUCAAUCAACUAACGGAAACCAAAAAUACUUGAAACGAGAGAUUCGACUAUUUAGAGUUGAAAAUGAUUCGAAUAUGUUGGAGGAUCUUCCAGUUACUCCGUGGAAUCCAAAACAAAGAGGUCAAUUCUUUCACUUCCGAAAUCCUCUUUUCAACGCUGCCGUCGAUUGCUCAAAGGGUUUUGAUCUUUUGACAGACGAUGGAGUUCUAGCAACUGUCAUGUCUGGUGAUAAUACCUUCAGUUUUAAUAUUUGGAACGAGAGAUUCCCUGAUAUUCCGAAGGAAGAUUUUCGUCCUAAUUCUGUAUUUUAUUGA